AUGGGAAGAGCACCUUGUUGUGACAAAGCCAAGGUUAAGAGAGGGUCAUGGUCUCCUGAAGAAGACACCAUUCUCAAGAACUAUGUUGAGAGAUAUGGCACUGGUUGCAAUUGGAUUGCUUUACCACACAAAGCAGGGCUAAAGCGUUGUGGCAAGAGUUGCCGCCUGAGAUGGCUCAAUUAUCUGCGACCAGACAUCAAACAUGGAGGUUUUACUGAAGAAGAAGAUAACCUUAUACUAACCCUCUACACUCGCAUAGGAAGCAGGUGGUCUGUCAUAGCUUCACAUAUGCCUGGAAGAACAGACAACGACGUGAAAAACUAUUGGAACACCAAGUUGAAAAAGAAGCUGUUGGCAGCAAAGACUAGCCUCAACACCACUACCACCACCACCACCACCGCCACCGCCACCUCUUCUUAUGGAAACUGUGCUGGUUCUGAUUCGAUUUUGAGUUCAAUGCCAUAUACAGCAGACAUGAAUUAUCAACAAAACUUUGUUCCACAUUUUCCGGUUCCGAACCCAAUUCAAUUCCCUCUUCCUAGGCUCAUGGAAGGACAAGAAAGUGGCACAGAAGCAUAUGGUAACUUCAAUAUUACUGUUUCGCCUUUAUUUUCUCUUGAAAAGAGUAGUUAUGCGCCAUGGUCUGGUGAUGGAGGUGGUGCAGAAGGUGGGUUUUUUAUGGAGACAUCUAGGUCUCAUUAUGAUCUUCCCAAUGGCUUUUAUUUCCAAGAAAAAAUUAUUGAAGCAAGUCCAAGAUUAGCUCACUGAGUUGUCUUUUAUUUUCUAGAAGCCUGUGUGUCAAAAAUGGUAGCUAGCUAGCAUAUAUAAUCUCUCCGUGACUCGAAUUUGUAUCACUCGGAUUCCAAAAAAACAACUUUACUAUUAUGAGAGGACUGCGAUAUUCAAUUGGAGGGAAAAAUAAGAUGUAGAAAAACAUGGCAUUAGCUUUGACUUUGUAUUGUGUUUGAUGUUACCGUAGGUUGUGUUGGUGGAAG